CUUCACCGCACGAUGGCCGAUCCGGGGAGCGGAUAGUCUCAGAGGCGGACUCGCGAUAAAAGGGUGAGGAGGCGUUGAGAGAGUGGUGUGGUGGUUCCUGACUAUGGUGAGAUGCUGGCAAGGGGGACCACGUGGUUGAACCCUGAUCAGCUCAGAUCUUUCUUCUCAAACUCCUUUGUUGCUUGUCGUCAUUGUUGCCAUUCCAUACCCAGCAACAGAGGACAAACGCAUUCAUCCCGUCGACGAAAAGGUCAAAUAAUGCAGAGAGCCGGUGAAGAAGGUUAGCAGGCAAUCUAAUCUAUGACCCCUGCGCGUUUGGAAAUCAAAAGUGUCUGAGAACGGCAAAUGGAAGGAGCGGACUGUGAGGGAUGUUGAAAUGGGUUUAACACAGCGCCUUGGCGGUGCACUAACCAGCACUUGCAUCCAUCGUCCCCAUCCAGCUAUUUCUGGACGGGUACCCGUUGACAGCUUCAUUGCGGUGGAGCGUGUGUUGGGCCGGUCCAACACACACCCGGUGGAAGUACAAUGGCCUCUCAACACGUCCAACAAGGCUUGGAACUCACGACGCUGUACCUGGAUGAAUGGGCACGUCGAGCUGGAGCUCCCGUGCUGGAUCUCGCACCCACUUGUCACGGCAUCCAUUUCGUGAUUCUGUGGGGCCAGAUCUGCGUUACCAGCAAGACCCGUUCCCAUCAUCAGCCUGGUGGGCCACGGAGCGGCCAGCAAGGCUCUCCUGUGGUGAAGAGACGGUGGCCAAUGCGGCCCCUGGAACACCAAGACUCGAUACCUUCUCUUUGCAGUGCGGUGUGUCGCAUCUCGAGGUAUCUCAUGUUUGGCCCUGUCAGAAGAGCCCGGGACCCCAUGUUUUCCCCCCAGGCGCUGUCUAAUUGCCCUGGGGAGCUGCCGCCUGGACUACAGUGCCGUAAAAUGCGCCAGCGUGGUGAAGCGAAAGAGGGCGAGCAAAAACUCCAGUUCCACCACCUCAAGGCUCCCCGGUCUGUGCUCCGUGCUCCCGUCCAGGUCCUCUGCCAGCUUCCACUUCCGUUUCCAGGUGCUUGCAUUUCCAGUUUUCUUUCUGUCAUCACCAUCUCGGGUGGUUUCGACAAAAUAACGAGGAUAUCAGGCAUUGUAUCGCCCUUUGCUAUUUCAAUCCAUCUCGGCCUGUCCCCACCGACACCAGUCACGCUUGAGUAGUGCGUGACAAGAACGGGAGCAAGUGCAAGUGACGGCUUAUUAGUCCCGUUCUCCCGCAACGCAACGGUCAACGGUUUGACAGCGCCCCGACUGAAAGCGAAACCAAAACAACACAACCAAGGGAAAGAGCGACACAAUAGUUCACGGUCGGUCGACUGGUCCUCCCAAACAACACCAAUUCGCCUUUUAUCGCCAGCCUGACCUUGUUGCCGAAUCAGACCCUCGACUUGCUUGAGCUUCGAGGCUCCAUUGAGGCCCCAUACAAAAGCUGGGGAGGGGGUCCGAGGCGGGUCUUUGUGUUGUUGCAUCGCUACCUCUUCGACUCUCUCAAUCGGGAUCCAAGGCCACCUCUCUCCGCCCGGCCAAGGCAGUUCUACGACCUGCACAAGGCAACCUCGAACCCAACAGAGACGGCUUCUCUCUGCACGACAUUUCGGCAUUCCGAACCUCACCCUCACCGACCAACACCAUCAUUCCAUCCAUCACCCAGCACCUCGCAGCCAUCGCAAACAGCCACGACCGCCCGCGCCUAUGGGUUUCUAGGGAAAAUCCAAGGACAAGCGAGCGCCCACGUCGCCAGCGGCAGCAACCCGCCUUCGCGCCUUCUCAGCUGCUGCCGCCGCCGACACUGCCGCGGCCAGCCUCUCUACUGCCAGUCGAUUGUCGCCCGCGACCUCAUCCAGCACUCCCAACGACCGUCCCCGGAGGUUCAUGGUCACAAUGGGGUCGUGCAUGAGCACGAGCGGGGAGGAGUCGGAACAGCGGAAGAGGAGCAACAAGAUUGACAGAGAUCUGGAGGAAGAUUCAAAACGGCUGCGCCGAGAAUGCAAGAUUCUACUGCUUGGCUCUGGUGAGAGCGGCAAGUCAACUAUUGUGAAGCAGAUGAAAAUCAUCCACCUGAAAGGUUAUUCGCAUGAAGAGCUCAAGAAUUACAGACCCACCGUGUUCAAAAACCUGCUGGAAUGCGCCAAAUCGGUCGCCAGCGCCAUGCGCCAGUUCGACAUCGAGCCAGUACUGGACGAGAACAAGCGACAUCUCGACUUUUUGAUUGAUUACUCCCUCGAUACCAACCCACAGACCAUUGACGCAAAGGUCAGCGUGGCGAUCCAGUCAUUAUGGAACGACCCGGCCAAGGAGCUGCUCAUGGAAAGGCAAACAGAGUUCUACUUGAUGGACUCUGCGGAAUACUUUUUUGACGAGGCUGCAAGAAUUGCACACAAGGAGUACAUCCCCAAUGAGAUGGAUGUGCUUCGGGCGAGAACGAAGACCACAGGUAUCUACGAGACGAGAUUCAAGAUGGGCCAACUCAGUAUUCACAUGUUUGACGUGGGUGGUCAACGCAGCGAACGCAAGAAGUGGAUCCACUGUUUUGAGAACGUCACUUCUAUCAUCUUUUGUGUGGCCUUGAGCGAGUACGAUCAGGUCUUGCUAGAAGAAAGCAGUCAGAACCGUAUGAUGGAGUCACUACUACUUUUCGACUCGGUAGUCAACUCACGGUGGUUUAUGCGCACGAGUAUCAUCUUGUUCUUGAACAAGGUUGAUAUCUUCAAGCAGAAACUGGGCCGAUCUCCACUCAGCAACUAUUUCCCCGAUUACUCGGGAGGCAACGACGUCAACAAGGCAGCCAAGUAUCUGCUCUGGAGAUUCAACCAAGUGAACAGGGCGCAUCUAAAUCUCUACCCUCACUUGACACAAGCGACAGAUACUAGCAACAUCCGUCUGGUUUUUGCUGCGGUUAAGGAGACGAUCCUGAACAACGCGCUGAAGGAUUCUGGUAUUCUAUAG